GCGGUCUCGGAGGUGGCGUCCCGGGCGACCAGCGCCAUGGCCACGGUGCGGGAGAAGGCGGCCGCGUUGAACCUCUCCACUCUGCACAGCCCGACCCAGAAGCCUCCCGGUUUCAGUGUGGCCCAGAAGCCAUUUGGAGCCACUUAUGUAUGGAGCAGCAUUAUAAAUACUCUUCAGACCCAAGUGGAGGUGAAAAGACGAAGGCACCGGUUGAAACGCCACAAUGACUGCUUUGUUGGUUCCGAAGCUGUUGAUGUCAUUUAUUCUCACCUAAUGCAGAAUAAGUACUUUGGGGAUGUCGACAUUCCCCGGGCCAAAGUAGUGAGAGUGUGUCAAGCACUCAUGGACUAUAAAGUAUUCGAAGCAGUUCCAACCAGAGUCUUUGGAAAAGACAAAAAACCUACGUUUGAAGAUAGUAGCUGCAGCCUUUACAGAUUCACAACCAUGCCUAACCAAGAUAGUCAACUGGGCAAAGAGAACGAAGUAUAUUCACCUUCCAGGUAUGCAGAUACUUUAUUUAAGACAUCUGAUAUCAAAUCAGACAGCUUGGAGGAUCUAUGGGAAAAUCUCAGUUUAAAGCCUACUAAUUCCCCUGGUGUAAAUAUGUCUGCAACUUUGUCUCCACAAGUUAUUAAUGAAGUAUGGCAAGAAGAGACAAUUGGGCGUCUAUUACAACUUGUAGACCUUCCGUUUCUUGACUCUUUACUCAAACAAGAGGUGGUACCUAAAGUUCCUCGACCUAAGAGGCAGUCUGACCUGGUCAACAGCAGUAACUAUCUGGAUCGAAGGAUUCUCAAGGCUUAUAGUGAUUCUCAGGAAGAUGAAUGGCUCUCUGCAGCAAUCGAUUGCCUAGAAUAUCUUCCAGACCAGAUGGUGGUGGACAUAAGCAGAAAUUUUCCUGAGGAAGCAGACAGAACAGACUUAGUGAAGGAACUUCUGUUUGAUGGCAUUGCCAAAUAUUAUGGUAGCAGAGAACCACUAUUAAAUCACUUAGCUGAUGUUCAUAAUGCAAUUGCGGAACUCCUAGUAAAUGGAAAGACUGAAAUAGCGUUAGAAGCUACUCAGCUCUUUCUGAAGCUUCUGGAUUCCCAAAAUAGAGAAGAGUUUAGAAGACUACUGUAUUUCAUGGCCAUUGCAGCACAUCCUUCUGAAUUUAAAUUACAGAAAGAAAGUGACAACAGAAUGGUUGUGAAAAGGAUAUUCUCAAAAGCUAUUGUCAACAAUAAAAAUUUAUCCAAAGGCAAAACUGACCUUCUGGUACUCUUUUUAAUGGAUCACCAAAAAGAUGUUUUCAAGAUUCCUGGAACUCUACAUAAAAUUGUCAGUUUUAAACUUAUGGCCAUACAGAAGGGAAAAAAUCCAGAUAAAGACAUAGGCUAUAUUUACUGCCAGAGAAUGGAAGAAAGUGACUAUUCCAGAAGUACACAGAAAACAACCAAAGACGAGCUAUUGAAUUUAUUGAAGACUAUUGAUGAAGACUCAAAACUGUCUGCCAAAGAGAAGAAGAAAUUGCUAGGUCAGUUCUGUAAGUGUCAUCCAGACAUCUUCAUUGAAUAUUUUGGAGAUGGAGUUUCUAAUGUCUGUAUAUAAGUUUUGUAUUUUAAUAAUAAAUUAUGUAUCCUAAAGAUCCACUCAUACUUGUAAGCAUGGACGUUCUAAAUAUGUACUUAAUAAAAAUUUUUCAUAAC